AUGGUUCUUGUGAUGAACGUCAGCGGGCGUCUUACUGAACUGCCGAACGGUGGGUUGAUAGAUGUCGAGGACGAAUAUGCGGAGGUUCGCUUCAGUACGAAUCCGUCGGUGCGGCGAAGGAAGAGAAUGCUGAAGAAUAAGGAAAUUUUGUGGCCGAAAGCAGCUGUUAUCUACAGAUUGGAAGAUUUAAUGUGGGAGUCCUUCCAUCACGAUUAUUUGAAAGUGUUUGAAGCCAUGGAAGACAUUAUGCGCGAAACCUGCGUUAGGUUCAAGGAGUGGAGUGGAGAACCAGACUUUGUUUUCGUCGAAUACAACUUGGGAUUAAGGUCAUCCAAUACAGCCGUCGGGAGAAAGAGAGGUCAGUCGUGGUUACGGAUAGGCCAACAAAAUUUCGUAAAAGAAGUAAUCCUACACGAGCUGGGACAUACUUUAGGACUGAGACACGAACACCAACGUCCAGACAGAGAUCACUACGUAGAUGUUUUAUGGCAGAACAUUGAAAGGGAACAACGGCCUCAAUUUGAACAACUGGACAAAAGUUCCGUGAACUUAUUUGGAGAGCCUUUUGACUUUGACUCUAUAAUGAUGUACCAUGAUUGCAGUUCAUCGGAUCCUGCUCGUCCGGCAAAGCUUCAGUCAAAGACGGGACGUAAUUUAAAACUUAAAGCAGGUGCUGGGAACUUAAACACAAAACUUAGCGCUGGUGACGUGAAACGAAUCCAAGACCUUUAUCGGUGUGAUGGAGCAUUCCAAAAACCGAGCUUCCCUGUAGAUAUCGUUUGUUCAUUUGACAAAGAUAACUGCAACUUCAAAGACCUCCGUUCCCGCAAAAAUCAGAAAAUCUGGGAGUGGAAGCCACUAAUUUCUUUUCAGCGUUAG